UAGUGUAUUAGUGAGCUAUGACAUUCAGCAUUGUUAAGGGUCAAUUUCCGAUGUUGAUCUGGAAUGUGCCAAGUUAUCAUGUUAUUGUUAGCUCAGCCCAUGCCGAGAUAAAUAUCUGCUGUGCCACAGCCCCGUCGAGACUUUGCUCUUGUGUAUCCGACACGCCGCUGUGUCACCUGCACCUGCACUCGAUCGGGUCGUAGGGGUAAGGACCUCUCGCAGAUAAACUGCAAACGACAGUUCAAUCCAUUGAUCUGAUUUUGGAUCCAGGCAGAAAAUACAACAUAAUUUCCAGUCUGUUAUAAGCCAGGUCCACCUGCUGCUGCGAGGUCUACACUUGUACAGCUCGCUGGGUUUUAACAUUCAUCUAUAUUCGAGGGGAAAGACCUCCAUGUGUGGAAAUAUAAGUCAACGAUCGCAGCAUUAGCCAGGCGUAACGCUGUCCCAUUGAUCAGCUGAUGUGAUGCGUGAUGUAUUUUUGCGUGAGGUCGUGACGGAGGUGGAGCCCGCUCAGAAAACAAGCCCCGACAAAGCUAGCGCAGCAGGCAAACCAGAGUCCAGAGCAACGAUGGACGGUGGUCAGCCCAGCAUGGACAAGGUUCUUACUGCCCUCGGGAGUAACGGACGCUACCACACAGUACAGUUCUGCUUUCUCUGCGCCCUCAUCGUCUGCUCCAACUUCAGCAUCAUGAACUUCGUAUUUGUAGCCAGAGACGUGUCGCACGUGUGCUCUCCGCCAUUGUCGUCAGCCGCUACAUACAGUGUUGGAGGGUACAACGUCACAGACACAAGCGCUGCACAUGACAGCGUUGUCAGCAAUGACUCUAGUAUCAUCUACGAAGAAUGUAGAAUUAUCUCCCCUGGCAACACUUCCGCCAUCACGCCGUGCACAAAUGGUUGGAUCUACAGCGAGCGUAAAGACGCGUCAAUCGUGUCCGAGUGGGACCUUGUCUGCGGCAAGGAAGUGUUUUCUCGCCUUAGUCAGUCGGUGCUAAUUGCUGGUCAAAUCUUCGGAGGGGUUAUCUUCACCAAGUUAGCUGACAGAUUCGGGAGGCGGAUCCCGCUAAUAAUAAGCCUGGUCAUCUUGUGCUUUGCGUCACUCGCCCUGGCAUUUUCCACAGAUAUAUACGUCUUCAUUGUGUUGAGAUUUUUCGCUGGAUUUGCACAAAUGGCUUUGUUGAUGAUAAGGACGACAAUGGUUAUGGAACUGUAUCCCACGGAGAGUCGACGACUGAGGGGAUCAAUAUACGUCACUGUGUGGAUGACGUCGUCGGUGAUGCUGGCGCCGUUGGCAUACUUUCUUCGUCAUGAGUCGUGGCGGAUCCUGCAGUAUGCGUUGUUUGGACUGACGGUUAUAUCUCUCUGCUUCGUGUGGGUGAUCGACGAGUCAUUACGGUGGCUUCAUGUCAAUGGGAGAAGGGCCGCCAUUGUGAAGAUACUGAAGCGUGCUGCUAAACUCAACCGGCUUGACGUCAGGGCGGUUCUUGAAACUUUGCACAUGCCAAAUAACGAAAUGACUGUACACGCUGAUAUUGACAACGAUGUAUCACGAACAUUAACGGAAACUCACGAAGAGCAGUGUUCUACACAACAGUGUCAUAAAACAGUAGCAGUGACCGAUGAAUGUCUGAAUGAUACAAGUGACGGGCUUCAAAACACAAAAUUCUCAUUCAAGGAUAUUAUAUACAACAAACACUUAAUGAUCAACUUUGCCUUGCUGUCGUGGUUAUGGAUGACAGCGACGUCAACGUAUUUCAGCCUCUACUUGACGUCCAACACUCUAGCCAGCGACGUCUACCUCAACUUCGUCCUCAACUCGGUGUCCGACUUUCCAUCCGGGUUCCUUUUUUGGCUUCUCUCAGACAGAGUCGGCAGGAAGAAAACAUUUACGAUAUUUUACCUGAUGUCCGGGUUUGGUCUUCUUGCCUCCACCAUUAUAAAACUUGUUACAGCCAGCGUGUCGUGGCAUAUCGUGGCCACGGUGUGCGCCUUUGUGGGGAGAGUGUUCAUUGGUGCGACUUUCGUGUCAUUGCUUCUAUUUACUACUGAGGUCUAUCCCACAAAUGUGCGGAACAUUGGGCUUGGAAUAAAUUCGACAACGGGUAGGAUAGGAUCUCUAGUCGCCCCUUUUACGGCCAUUUUGAUGAAACAAAUUCCCUGGCUCCCCGGUGUGUUGAUGGCCUCCUUCUGCUUCCUGUCCGCCCUCGCUGUAGUCCUCCUGCCAGAGACGAGGGGGACGGAGCUGCCCAACACGAUACAGGAGGUAGAGGACAUGUACAAGAGGACCAGAGACAGAAGGUCCCCCUCCGGCACUGGACAGGACACAUCUAUAUAAACCAAGGGGACAUUAAGGAGGCCCAGAGACAGAAGGUCCCCCUCCGGCACUAGGCAGGACACAUCUAUAUAAACCAAGGGGACAUUAAGGAGGCCCAGAGACAGAAGGUCCCCCUCCGGCACUAGGCAGGACACAUCUAUAUAAACCAAGGGGACAUUAAGGAGGCCCAGAGACAGAAGGCCUCCUCCGGCACUAGGCAGGACACAUCUAUAUAAACCAAGGGGACAUUAAGGAGGCCCAGGGACAGAAGGCUGUACAUAACCUACAAUUUUGAUAAAUUGAAUGGUUCGAGCUAGUCACGAGAAACGAUCCUAAAUGAUAAUCCGAGUUUGAAUAAAAAUAUUUCAUGCAUCGAUAGAUAGUGUAUUCGGCGCAUUACAAAUAUCCAUUAUUAUGAUUGUGAUUAUUAGUAUUAUCAACACGGUUGAUCUUCUAUGCGACGUCGACCAUGUGCCAAUGGUACCACAAGGAAACACUCCUGGAAAACACCUCACUAAGGAAUAAACAGGGAAUCAGGUCUUCACAUCAAGUGACGCGGGGGAAAUGAAAUUAACACAAAU